UCAAAAACUAAACAUCAUAUUCAUCAAUCCUCAUCUCUCACAACGAAAAUAAAACAUGAAGUUCUUCGUUUCAGUUGCAUUGUUCUUUCUCUUCUUAAACUGUUUCGCUACCGCGCAAACUCUUAUUCGAGAUUCUUGCAAAACAGCUGCAGCAAAAGAUCCUACUCUCAAAUAUGAUUUUUGCGUCCAAUCUCUUGAACAAGAUCCACAGAGCAAAACCGCAACUAGUCUAAAAGGAUUGGUCUUAGCAUCAACUACUAACGCUGAGUCCAAAACAACUAACGUGAAAGGGAUAGUUGAGACUAUUCUCAAGAGCAAAACGUAUCCACCGGGUACUGAACCUGCGUUACGCACUUGCGUAGAGCUUUAUGACGAUGCUAAUAAUUCUUUAAAUGAAGCUUUGAUGAACGUUAAAUCCGGCGAUUACAAAAGUGCUAAUGUGGAUCUGAGUGCUGCUUUGGAUGAACCGGGCACUUGUGAAGAUGGUUUCAAAGAGAAGCACGCGAAAUCUCCCGUUACAAACGAGAACAAUGUUUUGUUUCAGAAGAUUUUGAUUCCUUUAGCUUUUACAAAUAUGCUCUGAUGAAAUUACCAUAACUUUUUGUAUUAUGUGCUAUGAAUUUUCCUUUAUCUAAUAAUAAAUAAUAGCAAAGGAACUUUAUUUUA